AUGUCUGGACGCAAGCUAGGUGGUGGGAGAGUGCUGGGCAGCGGCAAGGGGCUUGCCCCUCCUACUACGCCCGCCAUCCAGAGGGGGAGGGAAAGAGCCUCCAGCCCAUCGGCACCCUCAGACAGCACGCUUUCCAUCGGGUCGCCUGAUGUGUCCUCCAUGUCGCUCGGCACUCCCAGCCCCUUGCCCGGCUUCGCCCAGGAUCUGACCUCCAACAUCAGUGUCGGCGGCCCCAGUAGCGCCGGCCUCGCGAAUAGCAGCAAGCUCGUGUGCCCCAUCUGCAACGAGGAGAUGAUGACACUGCUGCAGCUGAACCGACACAUCGACGAUAAUCACCAGGAGCUUCCCGAGUUCGAACAGGACGAGGUCAAGACUUGGAUCGACAAGCAGGUCCUCAAGGCGAAGCGUUUCCAACCCCUCUCGCUCAUCAACCAGAAGCUCCGUGGGCUCGAAGUCUUUGAGUCCAACGAGUCUUUACCACUUACUCCGCCUACCGCGAUACGGAAUACCAGAUCCCCCGUUCCCGAUUUGCCCGUCGAUCCCGACGAUCUGAUCACUCGGUCACACUGGCAACGCCAAGGCAUCAACGACGCGUGUACCGAACCAGCAUGUGGAAAGAGGCUGGGCGCGGUCAACGGCAGUGUCAACUGCAGGCAAUGCGGCCGCCUUUUCUGCGAGGAACACACCAUGUACCAGAUGAAGCUGUCACGGUCGGCAUCGCACGAGCCUGUGCGGGGAUAUUGGUGCCGAGUGUGUGAAACGUGCUACAAGUCAAGAGAAGGAUACAAUGACCACAACGGCUUGACGAGGGACCACACCAAGGGUUUCGCUGCAAUUCGGAGGAAGAAGGUUGAUAGACAGACCCUGGAGAUCUCCCGGUUGGAGAAGAGGCUCACCAAGCUAACGCAGCUGCUGGCGAAUCCUCCCGAGGAUGGUCUGGCGUCUGGCGGAGGCAGUUUAUUUUCUCCUGUCACCUCACUCACGGCGCAGAGGAAUCAGCGCAAGGCUAUCGAGCAAUCGGUCGUGACCUGGGAGGACGACACGAAGGUGUCCAAGUGCCCAUUCUGUCAGCAAGAAUUCGGGACUUGGACCUUCAGGCGGCAUCAUUGUCGGAUAUGUGGGCGAGUGGUAUGCGCGGACCCUCAGACGGCAUGUUCAACAGAAAUAGGUCUGAACGUUGCCAACCCCACGGCGCCUACAUCAGAGAAACUGGGAGGAGAUUCGAUAAGUAUCGACAUCCGCAUGUGUCGGGAUUGCAAGUUCACCAUCUUUGCGAAGCGUGACUUUGUCGAGUCAGUCGUACACAAGCCGCCGGACCAACGGGCAUACGAGACACUGAGGCAGUUCGAACGUGGCAUACAGCAAUUCCUGCCCAGCUUCCAGCGGGCACUAUUGCCUCUGCAGGACGAGGAUAGUACACCAAGUCACGCACAGAUACAGGAGGCUUCCAAACUCAGGAAGCGACUUACCGACAGCUUCACCAAGUACGAUGUGGCUGCGCGACGAAUUCGUGAUAUGAAGACGGACAGCGCGACCCAGAAACAACUGCAGAAGGCCAUAUAUCAAGCGGCUUCAUCAUUUCUGCACAUGCACAUGCUACCCCUGAAGAACCUCCCGCGGAUGCUGAAGCAUAAUAGCUCAAGCUCUGCCAAAACUCGUCUGCUGGCGAAUGGACACGCAUCGAGCCCACUUCGCAACGAUAGUUUCGAAACAGCCAGCCAGACGAGCGAGAGUAGCACCGUCGUCUCGACAUUGGAGACGGAGGAGAAGGAGCUGCGCGAGCGGUUAAUCGUGCUCGAGGAGCAGAGAUAUAUGGUCCAGAAGAUGAUCAACACAUCGCGGGGCGCGAGACGGUUUGAAGAGGUUAGCGCCCUGACGAGAAACGUGGAAGAACUCGAGAAGGAGAUCGAAGGCGUGAAAGGCAAAGUUUCUGGUGUAGAACAACGGUGGCAGGGGCUGUAUGCUCAAGGCGGUCCCACUAUGACUUGA